CGGUUGUCGGUUUUCUUACGCGCGCGCGCGGCGGCGGGACGGCGCGCGAUGGCUGGCGGUGGGCGGGCGACCGGAGGCUUAUAUACAUGCAAGUUCCGGGGACAAGCAGCCGAUCCGCGGCAGUCGCUCGUUACCCAUCGACGGUGUCGCGCGCAGAAUACACCGUGUGUGCGUGCGUGUGUGUGUGCGUGUGUGUGUGCGUGUGUGUGUGGCGUGUGUGUGAUGUGUGUGUGUGUGUGCGAGUGUGUGACCGUCCGCCCGCUCGACGCCGGACACUAUUUAUGAUAAUAAUAUCGUAACUACAUCGGCACGGUAUCAUAUUUUGUACAGUACAGAGAAAAAAAAUUUUUAAAAUUUUACACACACACAAAAUAACUUUGAAACACGCGUAAUACGAUAAUAUUAUAUUAUAGUAUAGUAUUUCCCGUUACGUACACAAUGCCUGUAUAGUAUAUAUACAUAUAUUCACGGACGUGCAUGUGCACGCGCGAACUUAAGUAAUUUACAAGUCCGCCGAGGUGCUUGCUACAAAGAACAUAGCAAGAUAUUAUACGUCGACAACUGCAGCGGAAGUUUUUGUUUCGUCGCGAGUCACCGUCACCGGACCAGGCACGCACUGCAACAAUCGGUCACUAUACAGCGGCACAGGGCUCAUUGGCACGCACGGCGCGCGUCAAGUCGCGCGGCCGGCCGCCGCCCGCGUCAUCCCGUACCGUCUGCCUGUCACUGCUGAUCAAGUCGCUGCAGUGACAACACCCGCAUCACCGACAACACCGGGACCACCGACUGGCCAUGGCCGCGAGGUAACAGCGCGCGCGCCGGCCGGAUACCUCCCGUGUGGUACGCGGCGACGACGAGACGUUGGCCACACCGUGGUAUUUGAUGUUUCCGGAUCGGACGGCCCCGGCGAGGUACAAUGCUUCCGGAAAGGCAAUGCUGCGCGCAGCUAUGCCCGGUGCAGACGACGACGAUGCCGCCGAAGACCGAGUGCCUGCAGGACCGCAAGUGGUGGUGCUUCCUGCUGUCCAGCGUGUUCACGUUUCUCGCCGGGCUGCUGAUCGUGCUCCUAUGGCGGUUCUUCGCGUUCCUGUUCACGCGCAAGCAGCCCGCCGAGCUCGCGGCGCCCGGUUGCCCGAACAGCGAGCCCAAGAAGGAGCCGAAGCGGCAGGGCAAACAGGAGUUCGAGGGAACGUUCAUGACAGAGGCCAAAGACUGGGCGGGCGAACUGAUAUCCGGACAGACCACUACCGGGCGGAUAUUGGUGGUGCUUGUGUUCAUUUUAAGUAUAGCAUCUCUAAUUAUAUAUUUUAUCGACGCCUCCAACGAGGAGGUUGAACGAUGCCAAAAGUGGAGUCACAAUGUUACUCAACAAGUAGAUUUAGCGUUCAAUAUUUUUUUUAUGGUUUACUAUUUUAUAAGAUUUAUAGCCGCCAGUGAUAAGUUAUGGUUUAUGUUAGAAAUGUACUCGUUUGUAGACUACUUCACGAUUCCACCAUCGUUUCUUUCGAUAUACUUGGGUCGAACUUGGAUCGGUCUAAGGUUCCUCCGAGCUCUGCGCCUAAUGACAGUGCCUGAUAUUUUGCAAUAUUUAAACAUUCUAAAAACGUCGAGUUCAAUUCGACUUGCUCAACUCGUGUCUAUUUUUAUAUCCGUGUGGUUGACCGCCGCCGGAAUCAUCCAUCUCCUAGAAAACUCGGGAGAUCCAUUUGAGUUCCAAAACCAGCAACGACUAUCAUACUGGACUUGUGUGUACUUUUUGAUUGUCACCAUGUCCACGGUCGGAUACGGAGAUGUGUUUUGCCAGACUAUUUUGGGCAGAACUUUUCUAGUAUUUUUCCUACUCGUCGGCCUCGCGAUUUUUGCGAGUUGUAUACCCGAGAUAAUUGACCUGAUCGGAACUAGACCAAAAUACGGAGGAACCCUGAAGAAUGAACGUGGAAGGAGGCACAUCGUCGUUUGCGGACACAUUACCUACGAGUCAGUGUCGCAUUUUUUGAAAGAUUUUUUACAUGAAGACAGAGAGGACGUAGACGUGGAAGUGGUUUUCUUACACAGAAAAGAGCCAGAUUUAGAAUUGGAAGGGCUGCUCAAACGUCACUACACCACUGUCGAGUUUUUUCAGGGUACAAUGAUGAACGCAGUAGAUCUAGAGAGGGUGAAGGUCCACGAGGCUGAUGCCUGUCUGGUGUUGGCGAACAAGUACUGCCAGGACCCGGACGCCGAAGACGCUGCGAACAUAAUGAGGGUCAUUUCUAUCAAAAAUUACUCGGACGACAUAAGGGUCAUUAUACAACUCAUGCAGUAUCACAACAAAGCGUAUUUACUGAACAUUCCGUCGUGGGACUGGAAACAAGGAGACGACGUGAUCUGCUUAGCGGAGUUGAAACUUGGUUUCAUUGCGCAGAGUUGUCUAGCACCAGGCUUUUCCACAAUGAUGGCGAAUCUGUUCGCUAUGAGGUCGUUUAAAACGAGUAGAGAUGUGAUAGAGCGUUUGAUACCGUGUAUAGUUCCUGUGAAGAGUGUGGAGUUUGGUGUAUUUCAGUCUCCGGAUACGCAAGCGUGGCAGAACGACUAUCUGCAGGGCACCGGCUGCGAGAUGUAUACGGAGACCCUGUCCCCGUCAUUCACCGGCAUGACGUUUCCGCAGGCCAGCGAGUUGUGCUUCACGAAGCUGAAACUUCUGCUGUUGGCCAUAGAAAUAAAAGGCGAGGACGGACGGGACAGCAAGAUAUCAAUAAAUCCCAGAGGUUCCAAAAUACAGGCGAGCACCCAGGGGUUCUUCAUCGCUCAGUCGGCCGACGAAGUGAAAAGGGCUUGGUAUUACUGUAAGGCAUGCCACGAAGAAAUUAGAGACGAAACGCUGAUCAAGAAGUGCAAGUGCAAAAACUAUGUCGGUAUGAUUAUGAUGGAGACUGGAAUGUUGGCACAUAAUUAUAAUUUCGAGGUGGCGACAUUCCGGAAAGGCGUUCGCGCUAUACAAAUGGUCGGACGGGCAAACGAUCAUCCUCCCCCCACGGAAACUCCACCAACUCUUCCAAAGAGAGUACAUAAUAUCAGAGGUGACGUCGGGAAGGAAAAGGAAAUAACACUGUUGGGCAACAAAAAUACGCCAACGGCAAUGCCUAAUUCGAUAAUGUCAGCGGCGAAACAGGUGAACAAAGUGAAGCCAAUCAACCGUCCGGCAGACAAAGGGUCGCCCAACCAAAACUACAACCGAGCUCAACAAGAAGAAGGAAGCUACGCCGGAUAUCAACUCGCAUACGAAGUUAAAAAAUUAUUACCGACGACCAGAGGAGGAUCGGCUGGCACAAACAUAAACAGCAACGGUAUUCAAAUCGGUAUCGCCGAUGACCAGGCGAAAGACUUUGAUUUUGAAAAGACUGAAAUGAAGUACGACUCCACCGGCAUGUUCCAUUGGAGUUCGGCGAAAAGCCUCGAAGAAUGCAUCCUGGACAGGAACCAAGCCGCAAUGACCGUAUUGAACGGCCACGUCGUGGUGUGCCUGUUCGCCGAUCCGGACUCGCCGUUGAUCGGUCUAAGGAAUUUAGUUAUGCCUCUGCGGGCGUCAAAUUUCCAUUACCACGAGCUCAAGCACGUGGUGAUCGUCGGCGCCGUGGACUAUAUCCGCCGAGAGUGGAAGAUGUUACAGAAUUUACCGAAGAUUUCGGUGCUCAACGGAUCGCCACUGAGUCGAGCCGACUUGCGAGCGGUCAACGUAAAUCUGUGCGAUAUGUGUGUGAUAUUGUCGGCAAAAGUUCCUAGCAAUGACGACCCCACGUUGGCCGACAAAGAGGCCAUUUUAGCGUCGCUGAACAUCAAAGCGAUGACUUUCGACGACACCAUUGGAGUGCUCACGCAAGACGAGACCGCGGUGACCAAACAGUUCGAUCCGGACGGUCUGAAUUGCGCCGGCGGGCCAAUAGUGUUGCAGAGACGAGGGUCGGUGUACGGCGCCAACGUACCAAUGAUUACCGAACUGGUCAACGAUAGCAACGUGCAGUUUCUUGACCAAGACGACGACGAUGACCCCGACACCGAGCUGUACCUCACCCAGCCGUUUGCGUGUGGUACGGCCUUCGCCGUCAGCGUCUUGGACUCGCUCAUGUCAACGACGUAUUUCAAUCAAAACGCGUUGACGCUCAUCCGAUCGCUGAUCACCGGUGGUGCGACGCCCGAACUCGAACUCAUUUUGGCCGAAGGAGCGGGUCUCCGCGGUGGUUACAGCACCGACGAGAGCUUGGCCAACCGCGAUCGGUGCCGGGUCGGGCAGAUAUCGCUGUACGACGGGCCACUGGCGCAGUUCGGCGAGGCUGGCAAGUACGGCGACCUGUUCGUGUCCGCACUCAAGUCGUACGGGAUGCUGUGCAUUGGUCUAUACAGGUACCGAUUCAGAGACAGAAGCUCGUCUUGCGACGCGUCAUCGAAACGAUACGUCAUCACGAACCCACCGGACGAUUUCUCCCUGAUGCCCACGGACCAGGUAUUCGUGCUGAUGCAGUUCGAUCCCGGGCUCGAGUACAAACCCACGAGCCGGAACGGAGGACGUGCUAAAGACGACAACUCCUGACUAUUGCUUUGUAGCGCUCUCACAGACGGUCCGUAUUCGUACAUCUAAAUCGCAUGGGGCCGGGCUCGAUUGCGCGGCAAUCGCACACGACAAACACGAUCACCACAACCACCUCCACAAACACCUCCACGACCACGACCGCAACCACCACAACCUCCUCAACCACAACCUCCACGACCUCCGGCACCUCCGCCUCCGCCGAACGUGGCUACACUACGACGAUUUUCUUCGUGUCGUCUCUUGUGUUCAUUUUCUGUAGCAAACGCUGAUGUUUGUUCCGUUGUCGAUAAGCUCCCAUUUAUCGACAACGCGAACGACAACACGCCGACAACCACAGCCUUCUCGACUCAUCGACAUCAGAACAUGUUUGACACGCAAUCGUUCUGAUCAUCUGACCCCUACGCCAGACGUCGGUUAGGUACGCACGUGAUCGUCGAUCCAAACCACAUCCUUAUAACACAUAUCCACCCAAUCGCCGUGUUAAGAUUUCACGUACACGUCAUUUGCGCAUUCGAAUACCUAUGCCCACUCUCACACACACACAUAAAUACACAUACAAGCACAUACACAUAUAUACACACCAAAUAAUAAUAUGCACGUGCGUGUACUGGAUGGUUGAAGUUUUAUAACUUAGGGUCAAACCUACGAUGUAAAAUUUCUACGAUCUGGUAUAAGCACGUACUCUUGUGGGUGCGUGGCUGUGCGUAUUUGUACGUGUUUGUGCGUGUCUGUGCGUGUUUCGGUGUGGGUUCGGAGUGUUUCGAAAUACUACCUGCGCGUAUCGCUGGAAUGUUCAGAGAUCGCUCUGCGCGUUUUCGAAAAUGUAUUUUUUUCGUAGAGAGAGGAUACAAUCUAUGGAGAAGAUACAAUCGUCGCGGUCGUCAUCAUUUUCGAUACCCUGUCAGGUUACCGGUCUGGUCCGAUUACACAUUCGUUUCGAUUCGCGGGUUCGAUGAAUUCGCGUGUCUUGAUGACCGUCGUCGCCAGGAGUAACAAUUUUACGUCCAUUUUUUACGUACCUCAUGUCCCGAUAUGUAUACAAUUUAUUCCCACCAGAAUUUUUUUCCGUUUUACUCGAUCGUGUUGCCCACAACGUGUGCGCUGUCCCACUUUUCGAGCCUCGUCGCUGCGAUUUAGACCGAAAACGGACCACGUGUUAGCGUUACACCCGUCGGUAACUUUUUCUGUACAGCAUAAAAUCUCGUUGUUUAAUAGUUUACUUAAAUAAUUACCUACUUUAUCGUUUAUAUAAUUGUCUCGUAAUCGUAAAAUGUUAAAAUAAUAAUAAUGUGUAUAUGUAGAACACCAAAAGUAAAAGAAAUAUGUAUAACGCUCGUUGUACGCUAUAAUGUUUUAGUAUUAUCAAGAGUGUAGUUUAAAAUUAUAAUCGCCUAUGUAUUAUACAAAAAAUAUUAUGAGAAAAAAACCUUAGGAGAGCCAAUUAAAAAAAAAAUAUUUAAGAAAAAAAGAAAAACUAAAAAAAAAAAAUUAUAUUGGAAUAUGUUGUACCCUAAUAUACAGUAUUGUUCAUUAGAAAAUUCUUUAUAUUUAUAAAAAACAAAAUUGUCAUUUGUUUUUUUUUUUAUAAUUGUAAAUAUCAAAUGUAAAGUGGUUAAAAAAAAAUUUUAGCGUGUAAGUUGAAUAACUGUACAUUAUUGAUUUCAAACAUUAUUUUAUACACUGCGUUACCGAAUUUAUAAUUGUAUUUCAAU